AACCGGAAUUCGUCUUCGAUUUUGGGAUUCUUCUUUUUUCUAAAAACUCAUUUUUGGAACUGAUGAGAAUCGGUACGAUGUUGUCUUCACUGACUCCUCUGCAACUUCCAUCUCGGAUGCAAACUCAUCUUUGGUAUAUAAUACCAAACCAAGUGAAGAGCGAAUCUCUACUAAAACACUACUCUGAGCUUUUGUCUCCAUCCGAGAAAGGUAAAGUCUUUCGAAUGCAAAGUGAUGAGCUAAACAAGAAGAACGUCUUGCUUGCUCGUACCUUGGUUCGAACCACAAUUGCUAGAUAUCAAUCAAACAACAACACUGUGGUGGUGGAUCCAAGGUCCUUGAAGUUCAAGAAGAAUUUGUACGGGAAGCCUGAGGUAGAUUUGGAGAAUGACACUGAUAAUCCGAAACUGCAAUUCAACAUCUCGCACACGGAUUCGUUGAUAGCUUGUGGAGUGACGGUAAAUGUUCCGGUUGGUAUUGAUGUGGAAGACAAGACAAGGAAGAUGAAACAUGAUGUGUUAGCACUUGCAAAGAGAUUUUACUCGCCUGAAGAAGUCAACUUUUUGUCAACUAUAGCAGACACUGAGGCUCAGCGGAAGGAGUUUAUUAAGCUGUGGACUCUCAAAGAAGCAUAUGUGAAAGCAUUAGGAAAAGGCUUCUCUGCUUCACCUUUUAAUACCUUUACAAUCAACCAAGCUGAGGCUGGAGCAAAAGAAAGCUACAAUCUUUGCCAGGCAGGGGAGAGAAUUGGUGAAUGGAAGUUGGCGCUUCUGGAUUUGGCUGCUUCGUCUCAUUACGCUGCAAUCUGCAUUGAAGAUGAUGAUGAUGAUGCUAAAGGAGUUGAAGCUCCUAUGAAUGUGAUUGUCCACAGAACCAUCCCAUUUGUAGAAGAUGAACUCAUCUCUGAUUGGAAACUUCUGUAGUUUUUAUGUGAUUUAGUCACACUCUUUCCUUUACAAAAUGUUUGAAACUUUUAUUAAAAACAGACU